CCCUUCACUGCUACCCUCAGGAUACGGCCCCUUCCCUUCGCUGACCCUCUGCUGUUAGCCAACCCCUUCUCUUCCCCCCCCACUCAUCGCACCUCAGAUAUUUAGGAUUUGCUCACUAACCCGCCCCAUGUCUCUUAUGGUCCCAUUAGGAUACAUAUUGCUCUCUCACUUUCCCGCUCUCUCUUCACAAAUGCUCCUUUUCGCCAUCGUCUCCCGCCCCAUCUCCACACUGCCUUCCCAUGUGGUGAACGUCCUUUUCCUCGCUCAGCAGAGCCAUGUGACAAACCCCACGCUGCUACUGUGCAGCGCUCCCCUCUCUCCACCUCUCUGCUCGCAGCAGUAUUCUCAGUGGCGCUCUCUUCAUCAGCCCCCCACAUCUGACAGAUUUACUGUGAGUCUCUCUUGCCUUCCUUCCCUCUCUCGCUCUCUUUCCCUCAUCCAUCUGCCCCCCACAGACAGUUUCCCUGCAAGACUCUCUCGCUCGCUCUCCUGCAUCUGCUCAAGAGACGUUUUGACAGACGCGGUUCAGCUGAAGGUACACUCUUAAAGGUGGCAACCUCCCUUGAAUCCUCCCACUCGAAAAACAAGCAACCUUAGACCACCUCCCUACACCACCUCACGCCUUUCCCCAGCGUCCAAUCAGACCCCCACAGAGGACAGCUUAGCACGCACACAUACUCGCAUUCUCCUUUUCCUCCUCUCUCUCUCAUAUUUGCACACCAUGGUUCCACUGUGGCUCUCCAGUGGACCUCGGCUCUGCAACGGAGCGUGUUGACUGUCAAGGAGGAUAAGCGCGGGCGCACAACAGAGAGGAGAGUCAGCCAAUUGACAGAAGGACGAGAGGAAAGGAGGGGGUGGAGGAAGAGGGGCAGCUGAAGGAGAGGGGCAGGCCCGCUGGAUGAAGGUAGAACACUGGGUGUCUUCCCCCCCCCGCGACGAUGGAGUGAUGCAAGGAAUGAGGGCGGAUGGUGAGAGCAGGCAGCAGCAGUGGAGGAGCAGGUGGUGGUGCUGGCAGCAGAGGUGGAGCAGGGGGCAGCCGGAGAGGCCGAAGCAGGCACCGCUCUCGGAGGAAACGCCUCUCGGUCAACUGCUUCAGCGCCGUCGAAAAUAUGUCUCCCAGCGUGAAACACUUAGACUGCUUCUCCCCCAUGCUGUGCCACUGCAAAGUAGCAUGCACCAACAGCACCAUAUCACUCAUGUUUGGGUGCAAGAAAUACAGGCACCACGAUGAGGACACGUCCCCCCAGGAGCAGAACUCCCCCCAGCUCACUGACGAGGUCCCUGGCCCCGAGCUGGUCCAGGUGGCCGAGAAGAACCUUUCCCAGAUUGAGAAUGUCCACGGCUACGUGGCCCAAGCGCACAUCUCACCCAUGAAGGUAGGAUGGACACCUUCACACGGCGGACACACAUACACACACACACUUUCCCACACUUGUUUAUUUAUUUUGCAUUCCUAUUCACAUUCACAAACAGAAUUUCACAUACAUUAAAUGCAUUUUCAUACAAAGGGAGGAUGGGAGAGAAUUUUAUCAUACAGUACGUUCCCCUGUUGCCCAUAUUGCCCUCAUUCGCUUCAUUGUGAAACUGUGUACAAGAAUCACAAUCACACAUGGUGCCCUGCAAAAGUAUUUAGUCCCUUUGAUUUCAUCACAUUUUGUGUUACGAAGUGGAAUUAAAAUGUAUUU